UGGUGACGUAGGCGGACCAACAGGUAGUCUCGGGGUGUGUCGUUCCGGAGAGUUGGAGGAAGCGGAGCGCGUUGAGGCGCAGUACAGUUGCGUUGAGUUGCGGCGACCACAGCGGCUCAGAGUCGCUCCAAAGUGCUCGGACAUGGGUUUCACUCGGUUACCGUCGGCCCUGCUCGUGUCGUCGCUCCUGGUCAUUUGUUCUGCGUCGAACGCCACCGGCCCAGGUAAGGGUCGCGGGAUGGUGGUAUUUACUGACCCUGAAGACUCGAAUAAUCUCAUUUUGAGCAAGUCCGUAUCAGACACGCUGAAGAGCAGCCUCACCACCGUCUUCCUCCCCGCCGUCUACAUCCUUGUGUUUGUGGUGGGGCUGCCCACCAACGCCAUGGCCAUCUGGGUCUUCCUCAUCAGGACCAAGAAGAAGAACCCCUCGUCCCUCUACAUGGCCAACCUGGCGCUGGCCGACCUGCUCUUUGUGGUUUGGAUGCCCCUAAAAGUUGCCUACCACCUGAACGGCAACAACUGGACCUACGGGGAGCCGCUGUGCAAAGUCCUGAUGAGCUUCUUCUAUGGGAACAUGUACUGCUCGGUUCUGUUCAUCACCUGCCUCAGCGUGCAGAGGUACUGGGUGGUGGCUCACCCCCUGUCCCACCACAAGAAGAACAACAAACUGGCCGUCGGCGUCUGCGUCGCUCUGUGGUGCUUCAUCUGGCUCUCGUCCACGCCUCUGUACCUGUAUGACCACACCGUCUACCUCAGAGAGCUCAACAUCACCACCUGCCACGACGUCAACGUCAUCCAGAACCCGCAGGACCCGUUCCCCUCCGUCCGGCUCCCGUUCUACUACUUCAACUUCAUGGCCGUGUUCGCGUUCUUCAUCCCCUGCGUGGUGAUCAUCCUGUCCUACUUCAUGUUACUCAGGGCCCUGGGGAACAACAUGGAGGAGAGCACGGCCAAGCAGAACCGGCACCGGGCUGUGGUGCUGAUCGUCACGGUGCUGGUGACGUUCCUGCUGUGUUUCCUCCCCAGUAACAUCAUGCUGGUGGUCCAUUACUUCCUCCUGAAGGACGGGGUGAUCAAUAACGGCUACAGCUUCUACAUUUCCACGCUGUGCUUGGCGAGUCUCAACAGCUGCCUGGACCCGUUCAUCUACUACUACGUGUCCGAGGACUUCAGGGACCACGUGAAGAACACGCUGCUGUGCAGGAGCAGCAGGACGGUGGAGCAGAUGAGGGUCUCAUUCAGCUCGCUCAAAUACUCCAAGAAGAGCAAGUCGUACGUUUCGAACAGUGGGAACACGCAGAGCAGCACCUGUUAGUUCAUACUCCAGAUUUCAAGCUCUGAGAACUGAUACUGUAUGUGGUGCUGGCACUGGGUCCACUGGGCCAAUCACGUAGGUCACCCAAGGUCACCUGUAACUGUGAAGAUGACUGUGCUGGAGAUCACACACUUUUCGAUGUGUGUCAAAUGUGAAACAAAUAUACAGUUCAUUGUAUAUAAACAGAGAGAAUUCCUGUAAAAACUGUAUUUUUGUGCUCACAGAUGUUAAAUUUGUAUUUUUUUAAGCAUUGCUGCACGUGUGUGUAGCUUUAGUCAAGCAGUAGAAAUGGCACUAUUAUUUUCAUUCCUGUUAUUUUUCCUGACAAUUUCUGCCUAGAUUUUAUAUUUCCAUUUUAAGCCACUGAGGAUAAUGUAUA